AUGCAUCUAAACUCGUUGCAACUGUGCACGGCUGUGUUGACGCUGGCGCUGGUAGCCGCGGUGCCAGCCACCACGCCGCACCACGUCGCCCGCCGGUCUUUCUUCAACCUCCAGUGCAAAGGUGUCUUCGAUGCGGCCAUCUUCGCGCGCCUCGACCGCAUCUGUGACGACUGCUACAACCUCUUUAGAGAACCGCAGCUCUAUACUCUUUGCAGGAAAGACUGUUUCAUGACAGACUACUUCAAAGGCUGCGUGGAGGGAUUUAGGUCGGAUUGUUUUACUACACCCUUCUUCAAGGGUUGUAUGGAGUCUCUGUGCCUCAUGGACGAGGAGGAGGAACUGGAUCAACUGAUCGAUUUCAUCGGAAAACGUUAA